AUGACCGUUACCAUCAUGGAUCCCAAGUUCAAGUUUAGCAAUGAUGGUUCGGGUCUCACCUUUCAAGAAAUCCUGAAAGAGGGCGAAGACAAAACAUUCUCAAACCUCCAUAACUUCAUUGCUAAAACCAUUGGAUCGAGCAAAAGCUUGGGAGCAGCGUAUGCACCCACCAGGGUCGACCGGGUCACAUUUUUCAACUCCAGACCCCCCACCUUCGACUCUCACAUAAAUAAUAUAAACCAUAACCAUCAAUCAUUAGCUGAUGAAGGCGGGCCUGUUGCUGCGAAGCUCUUCAUCAUUGAAAGCAUAGACGUGGCUCACAUCCGCUGGCUUCUCGAAACCCUCGCAUCCGACGAUCCUUCGGACCGACACUCUAUUCUCAGCUUCAUCAACGACUACUUCUAUGAUGAGCCAACGUCCAAUUUUGACAAUGUACAGCUGCAGAUCCCCGCCACUCCAUCCUCGCAGGCAAGACAGCAGCACCAAAUUUUCGACUUCAUCAAGCUCAGGGAAUUUGACCGCCCGUUUGAGCUGAGCUACAAGGAUAUACAGGCCGCGUCAAGGGCUGGCGGAAUGUGGAGGAGCAACAAGUCGUAUGGUUCGUUGAACCCUAUACCGAGGGUUGAGACGGGAGGGCGAAAAACUGUUUUCCCACCGAUUGCGGUUGCGAGGACAAGAGUGGCGGCGUGGUUUGACAGCGACGCUGAGAAGAUGACGUGGAGGACGGGUGUGAUUCUGAUGGACAGAGAACCUUAUUUCGAGGGGCUCCCCGCACAACUCAAAGCAUCGUACCAUGUCGUCGCCGGUCACACAUACCAGGGCUACACCUCGAUACAGUCUCUCCUUCUGGACUGUAUGAAGCGCAACUCCAGCAUGGCUGGGGGCUCCGGUGUUCCUGUUCCCCUCGCCGUACUUCAGGAUUUAUACGGUAUUGUUGGGUAUGAGGGGAUGCGGGUCAAUGCCUACACAACGCGAGAUCUCAACUCGAUCGACUGGGCUUUGGAAGGCGGCGGUAACACUGAUAAUCAGGUGACAUACCGCUCAGAAAUGAGGAAAUUGCUCGCCAUGAGAAGGAGGUUGAAUUGGUCUCGGGGCCAAGUUGAGGCAGUGCUGGCGUCAUGUAGAUACAAAGCAAAGCUGGGCUGGGACAAAAUGCCACACGGCAGCGAGAGAGAAGCGGUGGUCGUCGAGGACAUUGCAGGGGACCUGACAAGGGAUUUCAAGCAGAUCGAAGCCACGAUGGCGACGACCUCGGAUCGUAUAGAGCAGAGCAUCCAUCACAUCAUGGGCGAUGCAACCAUUACGGAAGCAGAGAGGACAAACGCCCAAAGCAACAUCCUGCUAGCUAUAGCAGCCGUCGGGACAUUCUUUAUGCCGAUCAGCACAGCGGCGGCGAUAUUCAGUAUGUCUGGGGACUGGGCGGUGGGAGAGGUGGGCUUUAGGAAAUUCUGGGCUGUGUGUAUCCCGAUGUCCAUCUUUUUGACAGGGUUGCUGGUGGCAAUUAUGCGCUGGAGGAGGAUUAGAGAAUGGAUGGGCAUGAGCAUGAGAAGAAGGGGGUUGUUGGUUUAG